UUGCUAGGAAUCUAGGAACACGGGGUGCCCCGAAGAUGUGACAUCCUCACUGUCUACAGCCCAGAUGCCGAGGAAUGGUGCCAGUACCUCCAAGACCUCUUCCUGUCCAGUCGGCAGGUCCGCACCCAGAAGAUGCUGACGUACCGGCUGGGCCCGGACGCCGCCUUCUCGGCCGAGGACCUGCUGCUCUUCCUGGGCGCCCGCUGCGUGGUGGUGCUGCUCUCGGCGGGGCUGGCGGAGCACUUCUACAGGCCGGUGCUACUGCCCCUGCUGCAGAGAGCGCUGCACCCAGCACACCGCGUGGUGCGCCUGCUCUGCGGGGUGCAGGGCACCCCAGAUCAGUUCCUGCCCUUCUUCCCCGACUGGGCCGACUGGCAGGAGCUCACCUGUGACGAUGAGCCCGAGGCGUACGUGGCCGCGGUGAGGAAGGCCAUUUCUGAAGAUUCUGGCUGCGACUCAGUCACUGACACGGAGCCUGAAGACGGGGGAGCCCUUCUCCACUCAAAGCAGCGGAGCCUGCCAGCGGCAGCGACCUCGGGAAGCCUGAUGGUGGUGCAGCCGCGCCGCGUCCGCUGUGGGGCAGAAACUAUCGUCUACGUCAUUGUGAGAUGUAAGUUGGAUGAGAGGGUAGCGACUGAGGCAGAAUUUUCUCCUGAGAAUUCUCCCUCUGUGAGGGCAGAAGCCACGCUGGAAAACGAAUACACAGUUUCUGUGAAGGCUCCGGAUCUUUCACCUGGGAAUGUGUGUCUGAAGAUAUAUUCCGGGGACUUAGUGGUAUGUGAAACCACUAUCAGUUAUUAUACUGACAUGGAAGAAAUCGGGAAUUUACUGUCUAGUGCAGCAAAUCCAGUGGAGUUUAUGUGUCAGGCUUUUAAAAUUGUGCCCUACAACACAGACACCCUCGAUAAACUGCUAACGGAGUCCCUGAAGAACAACAUUCCUGCGAGUGGACUGCACCUUUUUGGAAUCAACCAGCUAGAAGAAGAAGAUAUGAUGACAAAUCAGAGGAAUGAAGAGCUGCCGACCUUGCUGCACUUUGCUGCGAAGUAUGGGCUGAAGAACCUCACUGCUUUGCUGCUCACCUGCCCGGGGGCCCUGCAGGCGUACAGCGUGGCCAACAAGCACGGCCACUACCCCAACACCAUCGCCGAGAAGCACGGCUUCAGGGACCUCCGGCAGUUCAUCGAUGAAUAUGUGGAGACUGUGGACAUGCUGAAGAGCCACAUUAAGGAGGAGCUGAUGCAUGGAGAGGAGGCUGACGCUGUGUACGAGUCCAUGGCCCACUUGUCCACGGACCUGCUCAUGAAAUGCUCCCUCAACCCUGGCUGCGACGAGGAGCUAUACGAGUCCAUGGCUGCCUUUGCCCCAGCAGCCACAGAGGACCUGUAUGUUGAAAUGCUUCAGGCAAAUACAUCGAACUCAGUCUCUAGAGAUGGCUUUUCUCGGCCUACUAAGGACUCUAUGAUCCGCAAGUUUUUAGAAGGCAACAGCGUGGGAAUGGCCCAUUUGGAGAGAGAGCAGCCCUACCGUGGUGAGGCAGAAGACGUUUACCACACGGUGGAAGACGAUGAGACCUUUUGCGUGGACUUGGCCAGCAGGCCCCCGGUGCCUGUGCCCAGGCCAGAGGCCAGUGCUUCUGGCGCUCAUCAGCUGCCUGACAACGAACCAUACAUUUCUAAAGUUUUUGCAGAAAAAAGUCAAGAGAAGCCUGGGAAUUUUUAUGUUUCCUCAGAACACUUCCGGAAAGAGCCCCCGGUCCGACCGUGGAGGGACAGGCCCCAGUCAAGUAUCUACGACCCAUUUGCCGGAAUGAAGACGCCAGGCCAGCGGCAGCUCAUCACGCUGCAGGAGCAGGUGAAGCUGGGCAUCGUCAACGUGGAUGAGGCUGUGCUGCACUUCAAGGAGUGGCAGCUCAACCAGAAGAAACGCUCUGAGUCCUUUCGCUUCCAGCAGGAGAAUCUUAAACGGCUAAGAGACAGUAUCACCCGAAGACAGAAAGAGAAGCAGAAGUCAGGAAAGCAGACAGACCUGGAGAUCACAGUGCCCAUCCGGCACUCACAGCACCUGCCUGGGAAAGUGGAGUUUGGAGUCUAUGAGAGCGGACCCAGGAAAAGCGUCUUCCCCUCAAGAACAGAGCUAAGGCGUGGGGACUGGAAAACAGACAGCACUUCGAGCACAGCAAGCAGCACGAGUAAUCGCUCAAGUACGCGGAGCCUCCUCAGCGUCAGCAGCGGGAUGGAGGGUGACAAUGAGGACAGUGAAGUCCCAGAAGUUCCCAGAAGUCGGAGUCCAGGCCCCCAGCAAAUGGAUGGAACGCACGCCGUGCCCUUGGAGAGGCCCCCCAGGGUGCCUCCGCGAGCCGCCUCACAGAGGCCUCCAACCAGGGAGACCUUCCAUCCUCCUCCACCUGUUCCACCCAGAGGCCGCUGAUUCCAUCUCCUAAACUCUGCCUUCUUCAAAACGUUAAGACUCGCAGUUUCCAGCUGCUAAUGACGUCUUCAUGUUACGUUUUCUGGUGUGAAUAUUGACCUUAGCAUCCACUCUCAUUGCUGCUACUAUUGCAGUUCCGACAGUGCGGGUUAUCCCGAAGAAGACAUCAAGGCAUGAAGGAGUGACAAUUAAAGAUUGUGUUCAUCAUCAUCAAGAAUAUCGAUCCAUCAGUUCAAUACCCAGUUCCGUAAGAAAAAAAAA